AUGGGCAGCAGCAGCAGGUUUCCAGUGGAGGUGACAGCUGUGGGCUUGCUGAAGCAUGGCAGGGAGAAGAUCUGCAUACUUUCUGUCUGCUGGUCUGACCAAACCCAGGGGCUCAUUUACAGGACAUUUGACGAAUUUAGGACCCUCCAUAAAGGACUGAAGAGAAAAUUCCCCAUUGAGAGCGGUUUAUUGAAAAAAGCCCACCGGACCCUCCCAAGAUUUCGAGAUGCCAAUGCGAUGCUGAGGAAGAACCAGAAGCUGAGCCGCUGCCUGGAGACGCUGAGGCUGCUGGAGGUCUAUUGCCAGGAGCUGCUGAAGACUCAAGCCAAAAUCUCCCGAGGAGAAGACGUGGUUAAGUUUCUUGAAGCCCACGGCCAGGAUCUGGAGCCCCCCUUUCCAGAAAACAGCAUCAUUGUUUUGCCUUCUGAAAUGGGAGAGAGGAAGAAAGAGGCUCCCAGGGCACCCAUUCCGACCAUCACCCAGCCGGUCAUCUCCCAGAUGUACCAAUGUGUUGCGCCCUUUCGAACUCAAGACACCCAAAACAAGCCCUUUGAAGCCACCAAGGCAGAAAAGCUGGAAGUGCUGAUGAAGGACAGGACAGGAUGGUGGCUAGUGGAAAACAACCGAAAGCAAAUCGCCUGGUUCCCAGCUCCGUACCUGGAGGACAGCAAAGAAAUGCCCAUCAUGGAAGAAAACGACGAGGAAGGGAUGUUCUAUUAUGUCACCCAGGCCUACAGAGCCAAGGAACCAGAUGAACUCUCCCUUGAGUUUGGGAUUGUGGUGGAAGUGCUGGAGAAAUCAGACAGUGGCUGGUGGCUGGUUUGGUACAAUGGAACCACAGGCAUUGUUCCCUCCCUGUUUCUCCAGCCGUACAGAAACCCCCUUAGCAAAUUCCUGGCUCUUGCCUCUCCCUCCUUAGGCAGCUCCUUGCCAAACCUCACCGAAGCCCCCAGUCUCAGCAGCAAGAGUUGCACAGCCCAGCCAAAGAGGAACCAGGUUUACCUCAGCCAGAAGAUGCAAAGCAAAGACACUGGCUCACUCGAGGGCCAAGGCAUUCGUUCUCCAAGUAGAAGUUCCACCUCAGGAAAUUCCAGUCCAGCCUCUGGGAAUGGGAGUGGUCCCUCUGAUCCUGAGGGCCACCUUGUCCUCACAGAGACGCUUCUCCAGACAUCUGGCACCCCAGGAAGCGCCUCCUUAAGCCAGCAGCAGCAGAACCAUCCGGGCUUUGAAGGGGAAUCUUCCAGAGAACCUGUCCAUUUGCUUCCCUCCUCUGGUGUGGGCUCCUUGCCUAGUGGUCCCAUUGUGCCCCCACGCCCCUCCCCUUGUGAAAUCCUCCAAAAAUGUAGCAGCCUAACCAGAAGGGCUCUGCAGAAGGGCUCUGGAGAAGCCCAGCUGGUUCCCAGCUGUAGAAAAGAAGUAAGUAAGCGCAAACUGACAUCAUUGGACUCCAAGAUUUAUUGAUAUACAAAAUACCUGUUGUGUGUGGAAGGAAUCACCGAGUUCCUUACUCAAGGUUAGAAUUGAGAAUUGUCCCCUUCUAAAGUCAGAGGGUCUGGCUGAAGCGGCACAAAAGAUGACCUUCCACCGAGGGAUACACCUCCAUUUCCCUAGAGAGAGACCAAGCUGAAAGCACCACUUUAAGAGCUUUCAUCUUGGAGCCAAUGCCUUGGAAGGGAAAGGAGGGGACAUUUUUCACCAGGUUGGGUGACAUCACCUCCUGCAAUGGGGCGCCAUUUCGCCAUGCUGGAUGGAGCUGACACAUAUCUGUGUGGAGCACUUGGAAUAUUUUGUGAAGGACUUAACCCAAUUCUGCCUAAACAAAAGAGAUGGGCAAGUAGAACUGAGUCCUGCGUGGCCCUUAGAAGUUCUAGUAAUCCUACUUUCUACUCAACUAUCAACAUAGUUGAUAUGAAGUUGUUGACUGACGUAUCCAAGUUGGGGUCUACAGUAGAUAUUUAAUAAUAUGAUAUACUGGA